AUGUCGGAGGAGUUGUUGAGUGAGUUUCCAUUGAUCACGAACAUGUCCUCAGAGAGCCAGCCAGACAGCGAAUCUAGCUCUGAAGGUCUUCACUUUUCAAAAUUCCCGCCACUAGAAACAAUUCAGCCCUAUAGUCAUUCAAAAUACCUGCCCUAUUGUCAAAUCUCCACGUCGCAGAAGUACUUCGGCCUUCAAGCUUUCACUCGGAAUCUUUCCACCAACACAACAAAGCACUUCGCCCUGCAGCGAUCGCUCCAACUCUUUCCGCUACACCACAAAGCACUUCCACGCGUAAAAACAGUCCCCAACCACGCAAGAAACUACAAACACACAUACAACCAUCCUUCAGCAACAAGAUCUUCAGGCUUUAGUCACCCGAAGUACUUCGUCGUUGCACCUACUACCAUGACUAGCUCGGCCCAGGGCACGUCUGGUGGACGUAAACGCCGCAAGCCCAACCAACUUUCCAAUCAGACAACGUCCGAACAUCCAGGAGACCCAGCAAACCCGGCUUCCUUCGCCAAUUUCUUCGAGAAUGAAAACAAGACGGCAGCCUACCUGGGCUUCUCCCACACAUCAGAUCUGCGCAGGAUCGCUGUCUCCUUCCCCGUCCUUCGGGCAUACAUCAAAUUCGAGCCCAUAUCUAGCAACGCCAGAUCUCAUGACAGCUUAGCCCUCCUAGCGGAUGGUGUGGAUCAAUACACCAACGUAGAGGAGCCUGAGCAGAAAUGGCCACUUGUCGCUGGUGACAGGAGUGAGAGGCACAACAAAGCUUGCCGUAUCGCUGCUGUCCUGGUUGACCUCAAGAACGGUCUCGAAGGAUUGUGUGAUCCCCUUCUCAGCGACCGCAACCAAGAGUUGCAAGAUGCGGCGCACAAGGACUUCUCCAAAGCCUAUCCCGGUAUGUCCAUCGUCAACAUCCAGCAUGUCCCGACUCUGCUGUCCAAGGGACAGCUUGGGCCCCUGGAAUCAGAGAGCGCAGUUGAACCUUUCAACCGAUGUUAUGGGCUCCUGAAGUACUUCCAGCAUCAACUGAAAGCCGGAAAGAACCACAAAAACCUUCGUGACAAGCAUGGGUUGAGCCGAGGCUCACCAGUGAAGAGCGAGAGCAUUCCUUCUUGGAUGAGACCCAAGGUCCCAGGCGCCGAGACCAUCCCAGUCAACCCCGCCGUUUCAAUCGCAGACAAGCUCUCCAAGAAGUCCUUCGUGGCUUUAUGGCACAAGAAGUUCGACGACGACGAACUCGAGGCUGCCCUUGCAGAGAAGGACAACGAAGGCGUGGACCGCCCAGACAGCCGCCAGAUUCUGUCGACCGACCCCCGUGUGUACACCACAAGCAUGGCCUUCCGUGAUCAACUUCGUCGCCAAUUUCGUUGCGCUCAACUGAAGACCACCAUCUUCAAGUGCAGAUUAGAAUACAAGGUCGAAGAUGACACCCACAACGCAGAUGUUCUUCAAGGCGACUGGCACCAGAUCAAAGAACUUUUGAACGACGACAAAAACACCGAGUGCAUCUUCAAGCUAGGUUUUGCUCCUCUCGCAGAUGGUGAGGAUUUUUCAUACGAGACAGACGAACACCCAAACAUGGAGGGCUUUCUCACUCUUCAAGACGACGCUGAAGGAGGCAAGGACAUGGUCCUUGACCAAGUCGCACUCCAGCAAAGAGCUGCCGCCCUUUCUCAGCAGGCAGGCUCCUCGAACGAAGUACUUCCUCAAAACCCCAACCAAGAAGCACUCAUGAAGUUCGUCGAUGCGUCCAUGACCCCCGGCAAGGGUCCUCACGAUAUCGGCAGCGCACCUGAUCCCUCUCUGAGGUUUGCAGGUAACAGGGACCUGCUUUUGAAGCACUUCGAUGGCAAGGACGUCGAUGAUCCCGAACAACUUCGCCUGUGGCAGCAGACAGUCUUGGAUGAUAUUGCCAAUGCCGUCCCCUCUACCUCCAAGACCGACCAACCAAAGAGAGGCACUAUCUCCAAGGAUGCAGAGAAGAGCCUCCAAGAUGCCGCAUUUUUCGGCAUGAUUGCAGCAGAGGCUCGGGAGAGGAGAGACGACGGCGAAACCUAA